AUGAAAUCUGCUAUUCUUCUGUCGCUCAUCCCUAGUGCGCUGGGUGCGACCCUCUACCUUGCCGGUGACUCGACUAUGGCAAAGGGAUCUAGCACAACCGGUUGGGGUGAAUAUGUUGCGCCCUAUACCUCACUCACCGUGUCCAACAAAGCGAUCGGCGGCCGUAGCGCACGGUCAUACACCCGUGAGGGUCGGUUUGAUGCCAUUGCAGAAGUGGUUCAGUCUGGAGAUUGGGUGGUCAUCGAGUUCGGCCACAACGAUGGAGGCUCUUUGAGUACCGAUAAUGGGCGUACCGAUUGUCCUGGCACAGGAAGCGAGACCUGUAGCACAACCUACAAUGGGGUCGCCGAGACAGUGUUGACGUUCCCGGCAUAUAUAGAGAAUGCCACCAAGAUGUUCAAGGCCAAGGGCGCGAAUGUGAUCAUCUCGAGUCAAACCCCCAACAAUCCCUGGGAAACUGGGACCUUCAGCUAUUCCCCAUCGCGGUUUGUGGGCUAUGCGCAGCUGGCAGCUGAAGCCGCCGGCGUGCCCUAUGUUGAUCAUGGGGCUUACGUGGCGGACCGGUUCGAGACGCUGGGCCAAACCGCUGUCAAUGCGUACUUCCCCUCGGAUCACACUCACACCAGUGCUGCCGGUGCAUCGGUGGUGGCUCAGGCAUUCUUUAAGGCUGUGGUUUGUGGAGAUGUUGUGCUGAAGAGUUCGCUGACCACCACCUCUUUCCCUGGUUCGUGUCUCUAA